AUGGCGAAUUCAUCUUUUGAUCAAUCCGCUGCUAACAAUAAGCUCUCAUACGAUGUGUUCAUAAGUUUUGGAGACGACAAUAUCAUAAAAAACUUCGUGAAUCAUCUCUUCAGUGACUUCAAACGCAAAGGGAUUCAUGCUUUUAAUGAAGACAAUCAUCUUCUUAAAGGAGAAGACAGAUCUCCACAAAUCUACACAGCCAUCGAACAAUCAAGGUUUCUUUUAGUCAUAUUCUCCAAAAGCUUCACUUCUUCACCAUCUUGUUUAAAUGAACUUGUAAAAAUCCUCGAAUGCAAGAACAAGAACCCCGAAAAACAUAAAAUCCGAAUCAUUUCCCACAAUUUCAAGCUUAAUGGAAUUGAACCAGAGGUGUUUGAAUGGAAAGAAGCUCUGACCAUGGCUGCAAAGUUACCCGGAUGGGAUCUUGAAGAUCUGGUCAACGGGUAUGAGUCAAAGUUUAUCGAAAUGAUCUCGAAUCAUAUCUUCAAUGAACUAAACAACGGACCAUUACAUGUUGGUGAGAAUCUCAUUGGAUUACAUUCCCGUGUAGACCGAAUGAAUUUGUUGGAAUUUACCGAGUCAAAUGACGUUCAUAUGAUUGGAAUCUAUGGUUCCGAGGGAAUCGGAAAGACUUCAAUUGCGAAAUCCAUUUACAACCGAUUGUAUCUCCAUUUCGAGAGUUCAAGCUUUUGUGAAGAUGUGGACAAGUUUGUGAAACAAAACGGGAUGAUUCCGCUUCAAAGGCAAGUAAUUGAGGAUAUUACUAAAGAAGAAAUGAAAAUAAGGAGUGUUGGUGAGGGAAGUAGUGUGAUGAAACGGGUCAUGGGUUCUAAACGGGUCUUGUUGGUUCUUGAUGGUGUGGAUCAUUUGGACCCGUUGGAAUGUUUAGCGGGUUCUCGGUGUUGGUUUGGGGCGGGUAGUUUGAUUGUGGUAACGGGUAAAGAUCGACAGUUGUUGGUUGCUCAUGGAGUUGAAAAGAUUUAUGAUGUUGAGGUUUUGGAUUAUGAUGAAGGUAUGGAACUUUUUUGUUUGUAUGCAUUUAAGCAAAAGGAUCCUAAAGAGGAGUUUAAAUGGCUUUGUGAACGAGUGGUUCGAUAUGUGAAGGGUCACCCGUUGGCUCUUAAAGUUUUGGGUUGUUUUCUUUUUGGGAAGACGGUUCGUGAAUGGGAAAAUGAAUUAGAUCAGUUUCGAAUGUAUCCGAUUUAUGACAUUCAAGUGUUGAUAUCACGGUUUUCUUCAAAAAAGAAAUGA